UUUCAAUAAUCAUAAGGCGUUAUCACUCUUACAUUCUAGAUUUCGAUGGAUCCAGGUGUUUCUCAGUUAGCGAUUGAAUGCCAACAUAUAAGUAAUGUGACGAAAGAACUCGAGUUUCUCUCACUAUUGCUCACACACGCUACAUCUUACAAUAGUAUGGAAAUCAAUAAUUUAAAUAGCAAUAUGCCUGAAACAAGCGGCAUGAAAACAUUCUUCAGGAUUUUAAGUCGUAUAUGCAGGGAUUGUGGAGGCAUUUGGACAGUAAACGAAGAGUUGGACUGGUUGGUAUUCUAUUUAUUUGCUCGUUGCUAUGGAUGGAGCGACAUUGAUUUAAAUGAUGUGCGAUCCCAGAUGCUGGUACCAUCAACGGGACAUAGGUAUAGAAACGUAUCAAAAGAUGAAGAGCUGAGAAUGAAAGAUAAAGUCAUCCAAAUCACCACGGAGCUAAUUUAUUUGAUAAGAAGUCUUCCCCUUUCUCUGGCUGGUUUAAAAAUGCUCAUCAGUUCUAUGAAUUUAGCUCGUGGAAUGCACCAUACUCGAAAGCAAAUAGCGUUACAUGCUAUCGAUUGGUUGACGUUUGGAUUACAAACGGAUGGGGGAGGUGUGAAGGCAACUACAAGUCCUAGAUUCACUCAGAAAAUUUCUACAACACAGCCAUUUCUACCAGAAGAUUCAACUCCAGAAAGCAUGUUUAUGACGGUAAAAGACCUUAUUUGGAAUUGUUGUACCGAUAAUAAUCGUAGUAUCCGAAUAGGGACUUUGGGACCAUUAUAUAUCCUGUUUGGAGAACUUUCGACAAAUACUAUUAUACGAUUGAUCAAGCUAUCAGUUGAGGAUAAAACUAAUAUUGUUUAAGUAGUGGAUACCUUUAAAUGGAAUGACAGUUGUAGUAAUCAUGCUAACCUUCCGAAUUCUUUAGUACACUGCAGUCUGUAUUAAAAAUCGAUGAAUUGGGUACCUUUUGAUUGUCGUUUAGGACAGUUUCCUGUGACAAAUAAUGUUCAUUGUGUCGGUAUACUGACAAAUAUAGAGAUUACAAUAUAUUCGGAUCCGCU